GUGACGCUGAACUCCCCAAAAAAAUAUGGAAAAUAUGAUCAACUGCAAGGAAAGUGUCUACGGAAAUGAAAAUGAGGACGCGGCACCUUACGUUUUUCUUACUUCAUCAGAAAUAGAUACUCUUCUAGAGCUAGACAUAAGUGGAUUACAAAGAAAAUUACAAGAGUUUCUUAAUUUAAAAGAAAUUCAAACAGACCUCAAAGAAUGCAUCUUGUUGGAUUAUUAUGUGGAAGGCUUCUGGUGGGGGAAAGAGAAUAAAUUCACAUCACAACAAUUAGAAGGAUUCAUGGGCUUAUUACAUAAAUUGUUGGAUAAUAUUGAAAACAAAUGUAUGUCAAUGGAACAAAAUCUACAAGAGCUAGGAAAAGCGUUAGUUGGUAUAGGUCAAAGUGACUACGAUAAAAAGGCGUGCCUAGCUUCCCUGAAUGUUGAUCAAGCAAAAGAUGUCAUCAACUAUUUUAAAGUUGGUUUAUUUCAACAUUACAGACUCUAUGAAUGCAUGUUCAGCGUUCCAAGGGAUGUAAUGGUCAUUGGAGCAGAGCAAACAAUUGAAGUUGUGAAACCUGCUGAAACACCUUUUCCAGCACCACUUGAAGAAGGAAUAUCUUUUGAAGUGUAUUCAAAGUAUAUAGCACCGCUUACACCAAUAGCUGGACAGGAUACUUUUCAGGUACAAUGUUAA